GCAGAGGCAACCAUCUUUUAAAUAAAAAAUUUUUACCAACUUGUUUUUUUUCCUUCUAAUUCUCUCUCCUUACCUGCGAAUUCCUCGCAUUUCGCUCGCACAGUCCCUUUCAAUACUUCACAGCCUUUAUGGAUGCGUUUCUCGAUAUCGAAGACCCAAGCGACUGGCCCGCAGACUUCCCACACCUGCGCGAGCUCGAGCAGCUCCUACGAUGCCCCGUGUGCAAGGAGUACUUAGACACACCCAUGGUAGUCACCAACUGCGGCCACACGUUCUGCUCACUCUGCGUGAGACGCUGCUUGACUCAAGAGACCAAAUGUCCCUCGUGCAGGGCAUCGACAACCGAGGGCGAUUUGCACCCGAAUCGGCUUGUUGACAGUCUUUUGCGAGAAUUCAAGCACGGGCGGCCGCAGCUCUUGUCCACCCUCAGAUCUGCAAAUACGCACAAGCCGGUGGAGGCAAAGCGUAAGCGUCCGCGGAUCAUAACAAGGAGUGCUGCGAAAAAUAUGGAUGUUGAUACAAUGGCCUCCGAUGAGCAAUUGGGGACUGACAAUGCCAUUGACCUGACCUCAUCCGAUAUUGAGCAGAUGAGAAGCAUGAGCGACUUUGAAAUUGCUACAGUAAACUCUGGCAUGACGCCAACAGCACCAACAUCGACGGAAAAUGAUGGGGACAGUGACUUUAUGCCCAGUGAUAUUAUCGGCAGCAGACGCUGUGCGCCCAAAUCACAUACAAGAUCAUCUCACGAAAACUCUGUGCUUUGCCCUAACUGCCAGAGCCAAGUGCGUUCGGCCAAAAUCAACUGGCACCUAGACCGAUGCCUCUCCGGCAAGUCCAUAGAUGAGCCCCCACCAGCAGCUGCUGCUUCUGAGUCAACAGCCUGGCCAACAGCAACAAGGCUCCAACUGACAGGCACGUUGGCAAAAUUUGCACUGCCACGACCAACCAAGCUGGCCUACAGUUUGCUCAGCGAGGCCAAGCUGCGGCGAACCCUGCGCGAGCUGGGGGUUCCAGCUAAAGGCGACAAGCACCAGAUGCAGGCGCGCCACGUCGAGUGGGUCAACAUGUAUAUGGCCAACACGGACUCAGAGACACCCUUGUCCCAUAGCGUAUUGCUCCGGCGUUUGGCCACAUGGGAGGAUGCCAUGGCUCGCCAGCCUGAGCCUUUCAGGGCCCCACCUCCUGCCACUCCCGGAGCGGUCACCGAUCAUACGUCAAAAUAUGCAGAUUCAUUUGCUGCCCUUGUUGCACAGGCCAGAUCCACGCGCCCCAGGCCGCCGACCAAGUAUCCACUGUAACCGUUUGCUGACAAAGAUAGACCA